AGAUAUUUGUCAGAUUUAAGUACAGAUAACCUAGUGCACGAAAAUUCAUACUGUGUCAAACAAUGAUUAUUCGAUAAAACUUGUUAUAUGCUGUAUAUAUCGUAAAUACAAAAGUUGAGAUUUUGCCUCGAAGUAUAAGAAGACAGACUUUUUCUCUAAAAAAAUAAUUCUUGCCUAUGAUGAGUGAUAAUCAAUCUGCCAAGAGAAAGAGGAAGCAAAGUAUCAAAGAUUUAAGGUGUUCUGAAAACGCGACAAAUGGUUUUAAGGAAAGCCUGGAGCCAUCUUGGGACUUUAUAAAUGUUUUUCUGGAUGAUGGAAAAAAAAGAUUGACACGUGGAAUGUUGCAGAAAUUAAGUGAGCAAAAUGUUACAGCUGCAAAUAGAGAAUCUCUUUUAUCCAAUAGUGUAAUUGUUCUAAAUAACACAGUUGAACAAGCGAUGGUAGACGAGGAAACAAGUAAUAGAGAUGACCAAGAUGUUUCAAUAAUCGAAUGCGGCUCAAAGCCAUCCUUACCUCUGCAGCAAAUAUCGCAGAAGAAAAAGUUGCGAAGUUCUCUGAAUAAGAAAAAGAAUAGAUCAUCGAUAAUAUUAAUAAAUAACGAUUUAUCUGACGGCCACUCGGCGGAUAUGCAUGAAUCCAUUCAAUCUUCAAGCAAUGGAGAAAACAUAGCACCGCAAAUGGAGGAUGAUAUAGUUGAACUGUGGUCAAGUUUAAAAACUAAUAAUAAAGGGAAGAAAAAUACAUUCAAAAAACGUAAAUGCAACAAGAUGAAUAACGAAACGAGUUUUGUAAUAGAUACAAAACCAGACUUCAAAAAUCUCAAUCGUUUGAAGAUGAAAUCUGCAAACAAAAGGCGAAAAUUGUAUCACAAAAAUGACAAUGCUGCAAUGGCGCAUAAUCCAUUUGUCAUGCAAGUGACAUCUAAAGAUGUCAAACAACGCCAAAGAACAAAGCAACACUACAAUGAUAUAGAUUCAAAUAUCAAGUUGACAAAAGUACAAUCUCACAAAAAAGAGACAAAGAAAAACAAAAAGUGUCCAGCUUUGAGUCAAGUUUCAAGUUCAGCUACAAGUUUAGUUCGGAAUCUGGCUUCAAGUUCAACUCAAAAUGCAAUUUCAACUUUAAAUAAAUUAAGAGAAAUAGUUGUUGAUGGUAGCAAUGUGGCGAUGGCAUACACGCAUCACAAAGAAUUUGCUGAAAAGGGUAUCCAAUUAGUAGUAGAUUAUUUUAUGACAAGAGGCCAUAUUGUGAAAGUUUUUUUACCACUGCACAUUCGGAGAAAAAGAUAUUCAUUUCUUGAGGAGAUGUACGAAAAAGGCGUCGUCGUUUUUACACCUAGUCGUAAGAUCCUCGGCAGACAAAUUACUCCUUACGACGAUAGAUAUAUUUUGGAAUACGCGACGUUGUGCAACGGAAUAGUAAUUUCCGCCGAUCAAUAUAGAGAUUUGUACCAGGAGAGACCAGAAUGGCGUGACACGAUUGAAAAUCGUUUAUUGACGCCAACCUUCGUCGGGGAUCGUGUUAUGUUUCCGGAAGAUCCGUUAGGCAGGUCCGGCCCUGAUCUCCAUACAUUUUUGCGGCACUAAUACGAUUACAAUAUGAUUUUUGUUACGUUAUUGAUAUACGCAAUUUGGCGAAAUUGGAUAUUGUGAUGUCUGUUGUCGACAGACUCUUUUUUUUCUUUUGUAGUGUAAUUUUGUUUUAAGUAUCUGUUUUUUCCUUAUUUUUUUGUACAAAAUAUCCGUGUGUAAUGAUUGAGAAAAUGAAUAUUGCACUAUUUCUUACAUGCAAUAUUUCAUAUAGAUAUAUUUUUACGAUUCACAUGCGUAUUUUGUAAAAUGAUAUGAUAUAAAUUAAAAAUAUAACAAAGG